AUGCCUCCUGCACAGGCCAUGAUUUACACCAUUGCCGGAUACUCGGAGUACAACACUCAGCCCAAGAACGAUACGGUAUCCGAAACAUUUCCUUUGAAACAUGUGGAUAGCGAGGGUAUUUGCUUUCCAACACGAUACAUCAAGAUCGUGCCAAUUUCAGUGCAUGCGGCAGUGAGCUUUCAUAUUGCAAUCUGGUAUGCAGGCAUAACCGAUCCUCUAUAUGUCGACAAUAUCCGCUCGCGAUACGAGCAGUACCGAGAAACAAAAGCUGAACAUGGAGAACAUGCGAGGAGAAGUGAUAUAUUGCGUGAUGGAGAUGAGGAGAACCCGUAAGACAACUGUAAUGGACAGACAGUGUAUUAAGAUGAAGGGGCGGCACGAGAUAGGUAAUGAUUACGUCGAGCAAAAGAGUCCGUGACUCUGUCUAGAUCAAACAAGCGCUGCGUGUUAGCCGAAGAGGCCAUGAAGAGAGGGAGGAUGGUAUCAAUACGUCGCCAAUAGUCGAGGAAAGCAUCUGAGGACCAACGCCCUUGUGUGGACACAACUUGGGGUAAACAACCUGCAGAAGAAGCUCUGUAGCACCUCCAAUACGAAAAGCGUACCCCGGGAGAUUGGGAAACCCCUGUAACACCCAG